AUGUCGGCAUCCUUAGAUUCAUCCUUGGAUCCUAUGGAAGAAAUUAGGUAUCGUAAGAAACAUGGCUCAAUGUGGGCAGAAAUCCAAAAAGAUACACAUUUUACAUUUGACGAGCUGGAACAGAUUAUGGUAAUUUUCUUUAAAAUACAGAAGAGAGACGAGAAGCCGGUUGCAUCGGAUUUAAUAUCAAGAGCUCACUUCAGAGACGUACUUCACACCGGUCUGGGAAUGACAGACUCGUACAUGAUGGAACGAGUGAUGGUGGCUUUAGACCGAGGCACGUCGCCGUAUGUCACAAUGGCGACAUUUGCGAAGGCAAUGUCGCUAUAUCUUCGUGGCAGUUUGGAGGAACGUAUUAACUAUGCAUUUACAUGUUAUGAUUUGCUUAGCGAAGGCUACUUGCGACGAGAAACUAUGUACCAAUUAAUGAAAAAGAGUUUAGCGAAGUCUUCUCGAGAUGAUGACGUUGAAGAAGCAGUGAAGGAGCUGGUGGAUAUAAUGCUGAAGAGAAUGGAUAUAGAUCUGGAUGGAGUGAUAAAUUUCAACGAUUUCCGUGAAUCGGUUUUAAAAACUCCUUCGUUGCUGGAGAGUCUCGGAUACUGUCUACCAGAAAGACCGGCCGUUUAUUCUUUCAUUGCUACGUGGUGCCCGACGUGGAAAUCAAUGUGA